GCAUUGAAAUCAAGCUGAGCGUUCCCAUUGUCAAAAUUUCAGUCGCAUAUUCACGCCACCGGGUUGCCCCAGUCAGUGACCCAGUGCCGCCGCUGCUGCCGAGUAGAGAAGGUGGUGGUCGCCAUCACCGCCAUUUACCGGACGCCGGAGGAGGAUGACGAACAUGUUAGGGCCAUCGGAGAACAAGAUGUUGGAUCCGGCGAAUACGCCGCUCGGAAGAAUGCUGGUGGAGGAGAUCACGCCGGUGGUGAUGGUGCUCCGUACUCCUCUCGUUGAAGAAGCUUGUCUUAAGAACGGUCUCUCUUUCGUUCAGAUGCUCAGCCCCUAUUGCGUCUUCAACAACAUCGACGUACCUGUACGAACAGCCAGCGAUCAACCUUACAGGCUUCAGAAAUUUAAGUUACGAUUAUUUUAUGCUUCUGAUGUUCGGCAGCCGAAUUUAGAGGAUGCAAAAGAUCGAUUGAAACACGUCAUCACUCAUGCCGGAGAGGAGCUUCUAGACUUGUCUUUAGACCCCCCUAAAAUUGAAAACGUGCUAACGUCCUCACAGGCUGAAAUUCUGCCAUCCUGGUUCCAAUUUUUCAAUAAAGAGCUUGUCCGUACAUUGUCCUUUUCAGAUCAUGAAGCUUUUGACCAUCCUGUUGCCUGUCUAUUGGUUGUUUCUUCAAAGGAUGAACAACCUAUCAACAGAUUUGUUGACCUUUUUAAUACCAAUCAGUUACCUGCUCUUCUCAAUGAUGGUGUGAUGGAUCCAAAGAUCUUGAAGCAUUAUUUGUUAGUACAUGAUAACCAAGAUGGCUCGACAGAGAAGGCAGCUAAAAUUAUAGCCAAAAUGCGGAGUACUUUUGGUUCAAAUGAUUGUCAACUAUUGUGCAUUAACUCUUCGGAUGGGCCAAUAGAACACGAAGAUAAUCCCUGGUUUAUUCAUAAAACUGAUGCUUUACCUGGUCAGCGUCUUGGUUGCUUCCUUAAUAUUGAUGAUUGUAACGAGAUGAAAGAUCUCUUGCAAGAUUUGUCUACCAGACAUAUUAUUCCUCACAUGGAGCAAAAAAUACGCUUGCUCAAUCAGCAGGUUUCUGCAACAAGGAAAGGUUUUAGAAACCAAUUGAAAAACCUAUGGUGGAGAAAAGGGAAAGAUGAUGUACCAGAUGCUCCCAAUGGCCCUAUGUAUUCCUUUAGCUCCAUUGAAUCUCAAAUUAGAGUUUUGGGGGACUAUGCAUUUAUGUUACGAGAUUAUGAGCUUGCACUGUCAAACUAUCGACUUCUUUCAACAGAUUACAAGCUUGAUAAAGCCUGGAAACGCUAUGCUGGUGUACAGGAAAUGAUUGGACUUACGUUCUUCAUGUUGGAUCAAUCAAGAAAGGAGUCCGAGUUUUGCAUGGAAAAUGCAUUUAGUACUUAUCUUAAAAUUGGUUUGUCUGCUCGACAAAAUGCUACACGGUGUGGUCUGUGGUGGGUAGAAAUGUUGAAGGCAAGAGAUCAGUUCAAAGAAGCUGCUGGUGUUUACUUCCGUAUUUCUGGUGAGGAACCUUUACAUUCGGCUGUAAUGCUUGAACAAGCAUCUUAUUGCUACUUGUUUUCCAAACCACCCAUGUUACGCAAGUAUGGAUUUCAUCUUGUUCUCUCUGGAGAUAUUUAUAAAAGCUGUGAUCAGAUUAAACAUGCAAUUCGCACAUAUAGAAAUGCUCUUUCUGUGUAUAAAGGAACUACAUGGAGUCGUGUCAAAGAUCAUGUUCACUUCCACAUAGGACAGUGGUAUGCCUUUCUUGGGAUGUUUGACGUUGCAGUUGCACAUAUGUUGGAAGUCUUGGCAUGUAGUCACCAGUCUAAGACGACACAGGAAUUAUUUUUAAAGGACUUUCUUCAAAUUGUUCAGAAAACAGGGAAGACAUUUGAAGUAUCGAGACUCCAGUUGCCUAUCAUUAACAUCCCAUCACUCAAGGUCAUUUUUGAAGAUCAUCGAACUUAUGCAUCUCCUGCAGCAGCUGCUGUUAGACAAAGCCUGUGGCAAUCUUUGGAGGAGGAUGUGGUCCCAUCAAUGCCCAUAGUCAAGACUAAUUGGCUGGAAUCACAGCCAAAGCUUAUCUCAAAACAAUAUGAAAAAUCAAAUGUUUGCGUGGCAGGAGAAGCAAUAAGGUUGAAUAUUGAAUUCAAAAACCCUCUUCAAAUCUCUAUUUCCAUCGCAAAUGCUUCUUUAAUAUGCGAGCUUACUGCGAAAUCUGAUGAAGUUGAAUCUGGUGUGAAUAGCUCAACCACUGAGCUUCUGAAUGAUGAUGAAUUUAGAAAGUCAACUGCCAGUAGAAGUGUGUGCAGGGAACUGAACUCCGAAACUUCUUCAUUUAUAUUGUCUGAGGCUAACCUUUCACUGGCAGGAGGCGAAACAAUUGUGGCGCAGCUAACCGUUAUUCCUAAAAUUGAAGGCAUCCUUAAAAUUGUUGGCGUGAGAUGGAAAUUGUCAGGUUAUUUAGUUGGGUUUCAUGACUUCGAAUCUAGUCCUGUGAAGAAGAAACUUGCUAAGGGGAGAAGGAAAUCUAAGCAUUCUCCUAGAGAUUACCUGAACUUUAUAGUCAUCAAGAGCCUGCCCAAGCUUGAGGGCACCAUUCAUCACCUACCUAAAAAGGUGUACAUGGGAGAUUUACGUCGCCUUGAUUUGGAGUUGAGAAAUCAAACAGAAUUUCCUGUGAAGAAUAUGAAGAUGAAGAUCAGUCAUCCAAGAUUUCUAAGCAUUGGUAAUCAAGAAAUUUUGAACAUGGAUUUCCCUUCUUGCUUGGAAAAGAAGGCAAAGUCUGAGCAAAGUCAUGCACAGGCCUUUAAUGAAGUUAGCCAGUCAGUGUUUUUAUUUCCAGAGGAUGUGUUAAUUCAAGGAGAAGCACCCUUUUUGUGGCCUAUUUGGCUUCGAGCUGCUGUUCCUGGAAACAUUUCCCUGUACGUAAUAAUAUAUUACGAGAUGGGAGAUUCAUCAAAUGUCAUGAAAUACAGAACAUUACGAAUGAAUUAUAAUUUGGAGGUGUUACCAUCAUUGGAUGUGUCAUUCCAAAUUAGCCAUUGUCCAUCAAAAUUGCAGGAGUUUAUCGUGCACAUGGAUGUAGUCAACAGGACCAGUUCUGAUAGUUUCCAGGUUCACCAGUUAUCAUCUGUUGGAAACCAGUGGGAAAUGUCAUUGCUUCAACCUGUUGAUAACAUCUUUCCUUCACAAGUUUUAAUGGCUGGUCGGGCAUUGUCAUGCUUCUUCAAGCUCAAGAAUAGCAAGAAAUCAGAACCUUCUGAAGGCAAAGGCUCCUCUCUCAUCCAUCUCCGAGGAAGUGAUAUAAGACUGGGCCUUUCUGGUAGCAGUGAACUGCUGUUUGAUAUAUCAAGCUCACCGCUGGCUGAUUUCCACCAUUACGAAAGAUUGCACCAGGAAGUGUCUCAUAAGGUACAUCCAAAUACAGUUGACUUCAUCCUGAUAUCUCGGCUGGGGAAGACAGAGAAGGGUAAUAUCAAUCUUGGGCAACCUGAUCCACUUCUUUUAUCUAUUCAUGCAUGUCAUCGCAGUUUGUUUUCUACAGUGUUACAAGCACAUGCCCAAUCUGGUGGAUAAUGGAUGGACCCCGUAUCAUGGAUCAUAAUUUCUCUGUUCCUUUCUGUGAAAUAGAUCUGAGAAUUAUCAUCCACAACUCAUCAGACGCUGUUGCAUCUGUCCGGAUUAACACCUUUGAUUCCACCAAUAGAACUAGCCAGUUAGAUGAUUCUAGUGCAGGUCAAUCUGCAUCUCCUGGAAACCAAUCAGGGUGGCAUGAUUUGUCUCUGGUGAAUGACAUUGAAGUUACGUCAGACGUUACUGGAAGCCAAGUUGCGAACUCACAGCCACUAGAGAGUGUCUCCCCAUUCAUUUGGUCAGGGAUGAGCUCAAACAAAGUAGAACUUGAUCCAAUGUCCAGAGCCGAAAUUCCUCUCCAGAUAAGUGUUUUCUCUCCUGGGACAUAUGAUCUGUCAGAUUAUGUCUUGGAUUGGAGUCUUCUACCCUCUGAUGGUCAAGAGAAUCGAGGGACCAUAGCAAAAGAGACUUCAGGGACAUGCCCAGGGCAUCCAUAUUAUCUCACCGUAUUACAAUCGAUUUCUGCUUGAUCAUUUAGGUACCAUUUCCCUCCUUAUGUCUAAAAUGCAGAUUCUUGGAUGUAGUAAAUUUGUACUUUUUUUCAUUUACAUUUUGUGUUCCUUUUGUAAUUUUAUAGCUGAAUUGUGAAGAGCUUAAGGAAAAGCAAAUUUAAAUUCUUUUGGUCCUGACAAUAAUAAGAGAAAAGAAAAGGAGUUAAAUUCA